CCGGGCCCGGAGUCGGCAUGAAUUGCUGCUGGGCGCUCUUCCUGUUUCUCUGCUGCUACCUGCGUCUGGGUCUGGUCAGCACCGAGGGGGACCCCAUUCCCGAGGAGUUCUACGAGAUGCUGAGUGACCACUCCAUCCGCUCCUUCGAUGACCUCCAGCGUGUGCUGCACGGUGACACCGGAGAUGCAGACUGGCCUGAGCCGGACCUGAAUUUGACCAGAUCCCAUCCCGGAGACCAGGCAGAGAGCUCCCGUGGGAGAAGGAGCCUGGACACCAUGACCGUGGCCGAGCCAGCUGAAAUCGCUGAGUGCAAGACUCGCACCGAGGUGUUCCAGAUCUCCCGGCACCUCAUUGACCGCAGCAACGCCAACUACCUAGUGUGGCCGCCCUGCGUGGAGGUGCAGCGCUGCUCCGGCUGCUGCAACAAACGCAAUGUGCAGUGCCGCCCCACCCAGGUGCAGCUGCGGCACGUCCAGGUGAGAAAGAUCGAGAUUAUGCACAAGCAGCCAACCUUCAAGAAGGUCACAGUGACCCUGGAGGACCACCUGGCCUGCAAGUGUGAGACGGUGGUGGCGGCCAGGCCGGUGACCCGGAGCCAAGGGGCUUCCCAGGAGCAGCAGCAAGCCAGGACGCCCCUACCGCGGAAGACCAUCCGGACAGUCCGAGUCCGCCGGCCCCCCAAGGGGAAACACCGGAAAUUCAAGCACACACAGGACCACGACAAGAAGGCACUGAAGGAGACCCUUGGCGCCUAGGGCCAUCUGCAGGGGAGUGCGGGCAGGAACUAGAGGAGGACCCGACCUGAGCUCCGUCCCUGUCUUCCCUCUGCUCUUGAGGACCUGGGCUGACCAUACAGGAGAGACCGACAUGGUCCCAACUCCAUCCCUGCUUGGAGCGCUGCAGACUGGCCGGGAGAGGAGCCCUGCACCUGACCUCGGGGCCUCUGGAGUGUGGCCUGCCUGCCCCCUGGCCAGCUUUCAGGGAGACUCAGACCACGCUUGGAGCACAGCCUGGGGAGACCCUCUCCUGCUCGCUAGCCCAGGCACCGCCUCUCCCAUCUCUGCUGACAGCAACUGCCACCCACUUUCUACACAGGGGAUGGCGGAAGGUGGGGGGCCCGGAGCAGCAGGCGGCCGAGAGCCCUUGGGUGGGUUGAAGAUGAAGCUCCCAUCUGGGUGGAUGUAGAGGUGGAGGGUGACCUGGGCACCCCCUGCUUCCUGGCCCCUUUCCUUCCAUCCCUCCUGCUUCCCUUUCUCUCUACCUCCACUGGGCACGCGUGCUGGUUCUGCCCGUCUGGUCCACAGCAUCCAGGGGCUCCUGAAGCCCUCCCUGAGGCCUCUCAGAACCCCAGCCACCUCUCCUUGGGGCAGAAGAGCAGGGGCCGGGGCGGCAGGUGGCUUGUCAGCCUUAUUCCAGCCCCAUCGAGACUGCCAAAGCAGGGUGUGCGGACUGUGAGCCACACCAGGGCCCUGGGGAGGGCACCCUGUUCUCAGCAGACCCACUGCUGAUUGGCCCAUUCAUUCUGAGGGUUUCCGGGCAGAUGGAAGUAAGGUGCCCCCCGGAAAGGGGUCCCGUUCCCAGCUGACACAAGGCUCAUUGUGGACUGCUGGGGGCCGCACCUCAGUUGUGGCUCGGAGUGGUCCCACAGACCUGGCCCGUGGUGGGGCGCAGGGAGCCAACACUCCAUUUUCUGGAAUCCCCAGUGCCAGCAGCCCCGAUUCCAGGCAGGAGUGGGACAGCCUGGAGGAGGCCUCCAGCGAGGGGUGGCCCGCACCCACAGACCCUUAGCUGGCCACUCCUGGGGGCUGCCCCCUUGAGGAAGUGGGAGGGUGCCCGGGGGCCCCCCUCCCCCCCCCUCUGCUGCACUUUCUCCCCUCCCCCUCUCCACAAUCUGCUUCCUUCAGUUUGUAAAGUCGGUGAUUAUAUUUUUGGGGGCUUUCCUUUUAUUUUUUAAAUGUAAAAUUUAUUUAU